AUGAGGGCAGCCACGGCUCCGGGACCGGACCACGUUUCGGUCGACCUCUUACGAGAUGGAGGACAUCGCCUACACGAGACAGUUGAGGAACAUCUAACGUCUUACUCAAAAGGAAAGGAUCUCCGACUAAACUACCGUUCCAAUACGCGUGCUGAGCGUGCUUUACAAGCUCUUCAUGUAGAUUAUCGCUCACACAUCAAGGACACUGGAUAA